AUGGACCAUGCUGCUCAAAUGACCGACCUCGGCCAAUUUAACUUUGAGCAAAAUGAGGAGAUGCAGAAAAUGAUGCAGGUCCUCUUGGCCAACAUGCCGCCCCUGACGAUACCGCCCGAAAAUAUGGAAAACGUUGCUUCCCCGUCCGAAGGGCAAUCCUCGCACUCGUCAGGCCAUGUAUUUUCACAGUCGCCGGCCGUCGGCGAUGAAAACGCGUUGCCAAUGAUGUUGGGCACGCCAAGCCAGCUAAACCAGACGACAACUUCCGAGAAGCCCGAGACUGCCUCAAAACCGUCGGACGGCUGGUUUCAAUGUUUCUCCACGCAAAGCCAACUUGAACUUGAUGCCCUGAUCUACUCGUUAUUUGCCGCGCCGCGUGUGGAGAAGAAAGGCGAUGGAUUUGAUCACUAUGAGUGCCUCAACCGUUCCAAGUUCAAGUGCCGUUUUCGCCUUCGUGUAAAGAGGAUCAAUGACUGGCAUAUCGUAGAAGAACGUAGCGGACACAGCCACUCGGCUGAUUUAGCUGCUAUCCCAACACAAGGACUUGCCAAAUCCAUCCGCGAAAUUGUCGACCAAUCUUUCCACGAGGACUGGCCAACAAGCCUACGACAAGAAAGGAUUGAACAAGAGAUGCGCCGCUUGGGCCUCCCGGCAAACCCAAGGCUCUCACGACAAAUCGACAACCGAGUCUCGUACCUGAGGAGGGUCAAAAACUUGUCCGAAGUGAAGCGCAUCCAAGAAGAAAAUGACGUCAUGGACCAUCUGCAAGCGCUGAAGAGCCAGCUCCAGCAAACGCCCACCAAGAACAUCUUCAGCACACCUACUGAGAAUUCGCCGUUCAAGCCGGUCAUUCCUGGUGGCCAAGCCGCAGCACCGCCGAUGGAGAUGGAUAUUAAUGCCAUUUUAAGCCAGCUUCAGCAACAGCAUCAAUUCAACGUGUCACCGCUGAGGAACGGAAACGCUGGGCUCGAUCUUGUUGCCGCGGCUGCGGCAGCUAUGCAGGCAUCUCCGGAGAAGAAUGUA